AUGGCCGGAGGAAAAGGAAAAGCUGGAAAGGACUCUGGAAAGUCCAAAUCCAAAGUUGUGUCUCGAAGUGCCCGAGCUGGGCUUCAAUUCCCAGUCGGACGUAUUCAUCGUUUCUUGAAACAAAGAACACUUUCACACGGACGUGUCGGAGCUACAGCCGCUGUUUACAGUGCCGCCAUUCUCGAAUAUUUGACCGCCGAAGUUUUGGAGUUGGCUGGUAACGCAUCCAAAGAUUUGAAGGUGAAACGUAUCACUCCAAGACAUCUUCACUUGGCUAUCAGAGGAGACGAAGAACUUGAUACACUAAUCAAGGCCACAAUUGCUGGAGGAGGUAAGGAAAUUCAUGACAUUUACUGGCACCUAGCCAAGAGUUGCGCAUUUACAUUUAUGACGUCACAAUAACAGCUGCUACAACGGUGAAUAGAUCUAUUUACAAUUGUUGCAUCUGCUCGUUGCAUGUCGUAAAUUAAUUGCGCACCUCAUAAUAGCAAUAAUAAUCGUUGCACAAAGAAGUCCCGCCGUAAUCGGGGAUUAGAAAUGAAUGUGCAAAAAUGAAUAUUAAAAAUUUCAGGAGUUAUCCCACAUAUCCAUCGCUACUUGAUGAACAAGAAAGGAGCACCACAGCCAGGACAAAAAGUGCCAGGUGCACCAGGAGCCCCACAAUAA